AUGGAUUCGUCCCAACAUAACGCAGAGAGGGGCCAGAGCUCUUCUCCCAACCCUCUUCUUUCUUUUUCAUCAUUGCCAAUGGGAUCUCCAGGACCAAGGUCUCCAAAAUCUCCAAGAUCUCCCGAACAGCCGCCUGCUGAAGUUGAUAAAGCGAGUUCUCCUAGAUCAGCCGAUAAUAGUUCAAAUGUCUCGUCCGACGAUGACUCAGGGCCGGUUCAGCCUCUUAUUAUCCGUCGGCCGUCGCGAUUCGGGGCGCGGGAAUCAUACCCUCCCGGCUACCAACUCGAUGAGGAUGACAAAUCAGAACCUGCGUUUCAACCGCGUAGUACGCCUUUCAGAGCGAGAAAGCUUACGACAGAUUGGUCUCGCCAACGCAGUUCCGGUGAGAAUUUCAGCAACGAAACACGGCCCUUGACUCGAACCUCUAUAGCCUUCAAUAGCAAAGAGGAUAAUAAGUCCCAGGCGCCGAAUAUGGAUAGAAUAGCUCUGAAAGCGGACCGUGACUUGGGUGAGAUGACCAAGGAUUGGUCCCUUGAAGAGUUGCAUGACUCUCGGCGCAUAGUUUCUUUUCGGAAGCUUCUAUCUGAAUCAGCUGUAGAUGUCAGCUUCAACGCCGUUGCUGCAGACGCGAUGCUCCCUGGCGGCUUCUACAUCUCAUGCAUCAAGAGAGACGAUACAAGCAAUUAUUAUUUCACUCAGCACGAUAUAAUUCGUCUAAUCGAGUGGCUUCUUACGUGGUUUCAUACAAAACCUUUUCCAUACAGACUUAGCGCCGAGGAAAAAAGUCAGAUUCUCCAAACCUUGGACGAUUUUGAUCCUCUAACUGUUUCUAAAGUCAAGGCUGAGACAGAAGACUUUUUCAAGCUAAUCAUGAGCUUGUCUCAUCCCCAACCGAGUGACCUCGAGCUACAAAUUGAGGUGCACCGCUGGGAAAAUUUACUGCCUGCGCUUAAAACAACUAUGGACAGUUAUAGCGCUUAUCUCAAGUCAUACUAUCAAACUCCCCGAAUACAGGCAAAAUUCAAAUCUUCUGGGGGGAUGAAUAGGAAAACAAUAAAACACAGGUCUCAGUUUUCAGGGACGACCGCCUACAAGCCUGAAGAAAUAAAUCCUGAUAAGCGCCAAAUAUACAUAUCGGAAUUGGCAGAUUCUUUUGUCAAAAUUAUCCAAGACUUAGAUGCUGGCGAAGACGUUCUCAAUCGAGUCUCGGUUAUGCUUCCAAACCUACUCGAGGCUUUUGCGCUCAGAAUUGGCCAUAAGGCGCCAACUCCUGUUAUGCACCGGAGUAUUAUGAAUUUUGUUUUCGAGAAUCGCCAUCAAAUCUCCACGUCUAUUAAAGAUAGAUUGUCCGAGCCAAGAAAUUUUCAAGCAAAGAGUUUCCCCAGCUCCGAUAAUACAUCGAUCAACGAUACUGUUGGAGCUUGGUUGAGUAAUUUGGAUCUCAGUCAAACUCAAUUAAAGACAGACAAGAGCAACUUAUCGACACAUACGCAGAUUGAAGAUGUUAAUUCAGCAAAUACCAAUAUCAACUCCCCAAAGGACGAUUACAGCGAAACAAAUCCAUCAAAGGUCCGGGGGGCCACCGAUUUGUGGCUUGCCGCUUACCAUGAGCUUAUCCCUAAAACAGAGGGUUAUCAGUGGUUUCUCAGUCGUUUAAAAAAAGAAGUCCUUAUGGUUCCAUCGAAACCGAGUUUUAUGGAUACAAUCGGUAAUCUGAUUACACAAUCUCUAGAGUCAUCGCGCCAAACUAGCCACCACACGCCUACUAGAACCUACGAUGCCAUAUUCGAAGUCGACUGGGAUGUCAUGGCUUUUCUGGAGAAAGAGCAGUAUACUACUGAUUUGCACGAGACCAUAGAAAGAGUACUUACAGUGACUGGAUCCUAUCAAGACUCGUUUAUAACAACAUGUGGGCAAUAUAUUAACCAGACAUGGCCAUCAUCCGGAGAGAUAAUCAUGCAGAUGGUGAAAGAAUUGGCGUAUAGCAUGGUUAGCUAUACCCCGAGCGACCCAUCUACAGGAACAACACUUAACGCAGAGAUUGAAGGAUCGAAAGUCAUAGUUACGGCUUACGGGCCCAAGACUUCCCUGGCUGAAGUUGGGGAACAGCUUGCUUGGCUCGGCGCUGCGCUUCGCACACCUCUACAUGAUCAAGGACUUGCUUGCUGUAGUCCAUUUAUCAGCGUUCCGGCUAUCAACACGAAGCCAACACCGUCUACCAAGUCUAUUUUCACCUCGACGGUCAAGUUUAAGAUAGGUUUUCGGGACGAGAUCCAGCCAGAUCUUGGCCAAUUGAACGGCAAAUGUUGGCACAACUUAUUCAACAGUCCAAUGGUAGUUAAAGGAUUUCCAAUUCCAGCAAGAGCCGAGACAGGAACGGGGGCUGAGAUCCCAUUCAAUAUCAUGGCGGGUCUGGCGCGAACUCAGCGAGUAGACUGCUUUAAAGGAAUGACCUUCAUCAAAGGCUUUUCCACUCUCCUAGUUCCGACAAGAAGAACUGGAGACGUGAUAUUUUGGCACUUGUUUUACAAUAAAGAUGGGCGCCGUAUUUCCUAUCUCGAUAGCGCCAUAAGAAGCUUGGGAUAUGCCACGAGUCUCGAUCUAGAACGAUGUCGGCAUGUUCUUGGUUGGUGCGAAGAUGCCGCUUUUUACGCCGGUUCAGCAAAGGCAAACUAUUCUGUUCUCAGUUCCGCCCUCCCUCCACCUCAUGAAGGCUGUAGUCUUGCCGGUACUUACGUAUCUCCUGGACGGUCCCUAGUUGGCGGUCCUGCAUAUAGUUUAGGAACUAAAGACACGCCCGUCCAUGUGUCUCGCAGCGGCUUUAUUCCGAGGCUUCAAUGGAUUGCGACCAAGUAUGUGCUGCUCUGGGACGAGAGCGAGAAACGUGGCUGGCUCGUCAACGGUACCAGUGCCUUGCUACACAUAGUAAGAGCAUCACUGGCAUAUAGCAACACGGAUAAAUUCAACUUUGCGUUCAUCUUCCGGGAGAGCAGCUUUCAUGAGUCGGCAAAACCACUCACGGCGGACUCAGCUAUUGAUAUGCUCAUCAACCCCAAAAACUUGGCGCUCAAGCUGUACCGCGAGAAAAACGGAUUUCUGUUGCUAGAGAGCAGAAUUGAAUAUUUUUAUAAUAUUUUAGAGAAACUCAUCGAUCAUCAAGCAGAUAUUGCCGGGGAGCGUGGCGUUAACAUGGCCGAUAAACCACGACGAUUUCUUGAAGGCUGGGAAUUCAACGAUCUAGCAAUGAGCCGCGAUCCGCUUUACCCACGAGUGGCUUCUUUAGAACCACGCGGGAAGAGCUGGGUUGAUUUCACCAGAGCUAUACACGCGGUCACUCUAUUUGGGCGCGGAUUUGGUGAUAUCAUCAAAUCAACUGGCGCCGAUAUGUGCGAAUACUGGGCGGAGAUGCCAAAAGAAAAGUAUUACCUUGCAGCCUGCCUUUCCGAUAUGAGCCAACUGGUAAAAGAUAACCAUGUCCAUGAGGAAAAUCAGGUCAGAGUCAGCCAGGAUAUCAUAUGGCACACGCCGACGAGUCUAUUUGGAACGUGUCGGUGCAAGGGAAUACUUCGACAAGACCACAGUGACCCAGUACAAUCACUACUUCCCUCGGCCAUGUCCAAAUUUUUACUACCUAGAAAGAUCGGCAUUCCACUAGAAAGCCCUGGAGCCAUAAUCUUUGGUCACAAUUCGAGCUUUUCCUGGAUUUAUAAAGUCAGUGGUCAUCCAAGUGAGGGAAGAUUACCAACGCCAAACGUAUCUGAUGUCGAUUCUUUUAAAGAUAGCGGCAUCGAAGUUGAUAUGGACUCACCAAGAAUAGGGGCUACUCAAUCAAACGCCCACAGAUCAAACGAGUCUCCGGCCCCCAGACAAGUUGAAGCAUCUUUGCUAGAAACUACCUCUUUACCGAUCUACGAAGCACAUUCUCAGGAAGAAUACACAGUUGGGAUACUUUGCGCACUGCCCAAGGAGCUUUUGGCCGUGCGAGCUCUCUUCGACAAAAAGCACGACAGCCUCGAAAGUAUAAACGGAGAUAGCAAUCACUACGCGCUGGGGCAAAUGGGGAAGCACAUGAUUGUUGCGUCUUGUCUUCCAGAAUAUGGAACGACCUCGGCGGCUGAUUCUGCUUCAAAUAUGAGGAGAAGCUUCCCAAGCAUCAAGUUCUGCUUAAUGGUUGGCAUAGGAGGCGGCGCCCCAUAUCAAGACAACGAUAUUCGGCUUGGAGAUGUUGUUGUGAGCCUACCGACGGCUGGCUACCCUGGCGUAGUUCAAUACGACCGCGGUAAAGACAAAGAUAACAAUGUGUUCGAGUUGACUGGGUCGCUUCCACCACCUCCCCGAUCUUUAAUGACGGCUAUUAGUUCGUUACGAUCGGAUCCGGAUCUUCCCUCCUAUCCUUUGCAGCCAUAUGUUGACGAAAUCAUAACUCGAGUCCCCGAAUCCAUGAGAUCGAGAUAUAAACAUCCGGGGCAGGAACACGACCAACUCUUCAAAGCUGCAUGUCCAAAAUGCCAAACCCGAGAAGAAUGCGCCAACCAUGACUACCAUGUUACAAAGAGAAGUCAGCGGCCGACAGAUCAUCCCGAGAUUCACUACGGCCUCAUCGCCUCCGGAAACCAUGUCAUUAAGAAUUCUCAAACCCGUGAUAAAUGGGCACAAGAACACGGCGUUUUAUGCUUUGAGAUGGAAGCCGCAGGGAUAAUGAGCAUAUUCCCAUCUCUUGUCAUCCGAGGCAUCUGUGACUACGCAGACGCCUUCAAGAAUAAACUGUGGCAAGAAUACGCCGCUGCCACGGCGGCUGCUUAUGCGAAGCUGCUCUUAGGAGUUGUCGCUUCUCCCGAUAAGAGCCAUGAUGUGUUGGGCCCGGCCCGGCGGAGAGGCUCAGUGAGUGAGAGGCCGGAUGAGCUGCAUCAUAAGCGGCGGAGACUUGAUUGA